AUAAUGGCCGUCCUCAACCAAUGAGAAACAAGACCGCAAUUUGAUGCAUAUUUUUGAAUCGGACAGAAACGGCUUGACUUAACACAGGCAAAGCUGAAGGACAGAUCUGAGGGUUUAUGAGAAGUUUUGAUGAAAGCUACAACACAACUGAAUUAAUUACUGGGACUUCACGAUGAGAAAGAGUGAGGUGCUCGCAGCCGAGUCUGUGGCUUGCCUGAAUAAAGCUCUCUGCCACCUGAAGGACAUCUGGGAAGAGAUAGGAAUACCAGAAGACCAGAGGCUACAGAGAACCAAUGUGGUCAAGAAUCACAUCAAGGGUUUGUUAGACAUGAUGAUAACAGAGGAAGAGUCUCUUAGGACCAGACUGUUGAGCAGCAUCGAAGCCUGUCGCAAACAACUGGAUACGCUGUGCUUGGAACUGCAGCUACCCCCAUUUGAGGAGGAGCGGGGCGUCACCAUGCUGCAACAGGAGAAGGAGAUCCGGACCCAGGUGGAGGUGUUGGUGAAGGAGCGGACCCAGAGGAUGCAGCAGCUCAAGGCCUUGACGGAGCGCGACCAGGACCUGUGUGACACUCUGUGUUCGGACCCCUACGCCCUCGACCCUAACGCCGUGCCCUCCCUGGAGCAGCUGAACAGCUUCCACCAGCACAUCGCCAGCCAGACCACAGAGAAGGAGAGGCGGCACGCUGAGUUUGUGGGCAUCAAGAGGCAGAUCGUCCUGUGCAUGGACGACCUAGACCAGCUGCCAGAGACCAGCUUCGAGAAGGACAUCGUCUGCGAAGACCAGGAGGCCUUCUGCCUGUCCAAAGACAACAUCGCCUCACUCAAACUCCUCCUCGGCCAACUAGAGGAGAGGAAGGCAGAGAACCAGGCGGUGUGUGAGGCUCACAGGGAGAAGAUCCAGGAGCUGUGGGACAGACUGCAGGUGCCCCAGGAGGAGAGGGAGCUCUUCUCAGAGCACAUGGUCGCCUCCAAGAAGAAGAACCUGGAUGCUUUAGAGGCAGAGGGCAGGCGACUGAUGGAGCUCAAACGACUGAACAUGCGAAACGUUACUGAAGCCAUCCGCUCAGAGAUUGCAGUGCUCUGGGAGAAAUGCUUCUUCAGCAGUGAUCAGCAACAGGCAUUUGUGCCCUAUUUUAGCAAUGAUUUUACAGAGCAGCUGUUGGGGCUGCACGAAGCUGAGAUCCUGAGGCUGAAGCAGCACUAUGAAGAACACAAGGAGCUGUUUGAGGGGGUUCAACGCUGGGAGGAGAGCUGGAGACUCUUCCUGGAACUAGAGAAAAAAGCCACAGACCCCUCCAGGUUCACCAACAGAGGAGGGAAUCUGCUCAAAGAGGAGAAACAGAAAGCCGAGCUCCACAAAAGCCUGCCCAAGCUUGAGAAGAAGCUGAAGGCUCAGAUUGAUGUGUGGGAGCAGGAGCAGGCCAGGGAGUUCCUGGUGAAUGGACAGAAGUUCCUGCAGUUUGUAGAGGAGCAGUGGGAGCUGCACCGCAUCGAGAAAGAGAAUGAGAAACUGGAGAGGCAAUUGAAAAAGAGCAAGCAGAUUGAAGUGGAUAUGCUGUAUGGGACAGCUGUCCGGACGCCUACCAAAAGGAGAUUCCUUGGCACAACUACCCCCAGCAAAGCACGAAAGUUCAAUGGCACCACCUCCAGCCUCUCUAGUGCCAACUCUAACAGCACCAUGCGCUCAGCCUAUGGCGGAACUGUCUGUCACUCACCCUCCCGCCCCCCUCUGUCAGUCAACAAGGUCCCAUCGGUACGGACCCCGGGUCGCAGUAAGCCCCCUCUUGCGGGACUGCAGGAGCGCAACAAGGAGAACAUGGGCCAGGUGACUGGACUUGGAGUCCCUCUUCAGAGCGGUGGGUUAAAAACCCUGGCUAGUCCUCAGCGUAACUUCAGCAUUAACUCUGUCGCCAGCACUUAUUCCGAGUUUGCGACGGGCUUAAUCAACACAGUAAUCGAAUCGGUUCAAUCAAGCGAGACCUCUCCAAGGCCACUAACACCAAGAGCAAGCCAGACAUACUGAACUCCACCAUUGCUCACCUUUGACCCCCUGACACCAGACAAUGACGGUUGGUUGAAUGACGUCCUGUGUUUGUGUCCCAUCAAGUCCUCACCAGCUGUCAUUUUAAAGUGGAUCACUGUUCUUUUUUUUUUUUUGUCUGCGUUUCUAUGUAAAUUUAAGGUAAUACUAUAUAUGUGUGUAUACAUAAAUAUAAAUAUUUAUGUACAUAAAUAUGUUGUGUAAACUAUGUAAGUGUUCGAAAUAAAAAAUCUUAAAGGUCAUGUUAUGAAAUGUAUCAUAUUGUAACAAACACUUUUUUUUAAGCUCUAAAAUGGCACGGAUGACUGUUCCUUGUAUGUAAGAUGGAGCAGACAGUAUUGCCUGCAAUCUCGUGUUCCAGAUGGUUUUGGUGAAAGAGGCUUGGGGUAGCCAGUGUUCUUUCUUUCCUUUAAGCCAGGCUUUCACUGUUUUAUUAUACUCAAAGCAUACUGAUCAUGAAUAUUUUGCACAUGUUUUCUCUUGUAUAUUAAAUCAUUUAUUUUACACUCAUGA